AUGGAAGCUAUCGAGUAUGAGGAACCGAUAUAUGAACUCGCUGUUGAAUGCGAAAGGCUGUUCGUACAACAUGUUUCCAGACUGAACGAUGACGACCAGCCAAAUGGUGCCAAGAUUCUUUCAGAGCUAAGCCAACGAUUCGCCGCCUGGACAGCUUUUUUGGGUGUCUUCGCCGAAUCGAAUGUGUGCUUGGAUCGCAGGCUUCGACGUCACGUUGAGAUCCAAGAUCAGGUGCUCCUAUUCGAACGAGAUGACCCUCCUGAUUGCAUGGACACUGGGUCGUCCGAUGCGUGCCAGUCAUCACUGCAACCCUUUUGUGUUAGUAUUUAUAGCCUGGACGCAAUUUCCGGGGCCAUUGAACGCCUCAAUCAUCUCGGACUCUCCAUCCGCCAGUCGUCAGUAACGAGCCAGACAUCAAAGGCUAGAAAGUUUGCGGAGAAACUUGACUUGGCGUCUUUCGAAGGAGUGGCGUAUCUGUCCGUGAAGACACUUUAUCCUGAGGCAAGCGAAGACCUCCUAGAACAGCUCACCCGAUCCAUGACAGAAACCUUCUCUCUGUUCCUUCGUCGCAAAUAUCGCCAGGAGCAGCUUCAGGCCCCCCGGUCACAUCUCCGAACAGCAAUACCACUAUCCACUAUUAUAGAGGAGCCAGUUGGAGAUGAUGAUGUGGGAAGCCCCAUGGAUACCCAGAUACAAGUCCGCCAGCUAGGCGAAGAUUUUACUACAAAGAUGCUUCGUCGUUCAGCUCAUAUGUUACCCAUAUCUGAGCCAACUUCCGUGGACAGUCAGGGAUUCAGAACGAGGUUCAAGAAAAUGUUGAGCCCCGCAGUAAAUGACAAGACAAUGUCUAUAUUGGUUAAUCAAGUGGACUACCCCCAACCGGCGAAAGGAAGCUUGACCUGUGAGUGGUGCUUUAGCCCACUCCCGGCAGACUCAUUUGAGGGAGCCAAGUGGCGCGAUGAAGACACAACGUUUUCCGGGCCGAAAGAUCUUACUAAGCACCUUGACAAUCUCCAUGCAGGGACUUUUACGGUGUCCCAGGUUGAGGCAAUCGUGCAACAGAGUCGGUUUCGGUCCCCCCGUGUGCAAGAUAUAUGCCCUCUCUGCUGUCUUCCAGUGAAAGGCCCACAGGAUACUCUGUCUAAGGAAACGGGUAAUGAAAUUAGAGACCCAUCUCCCGAACAGCAGCAUUACGAGGCAAGCCGGCUGGAUGAAAGCAAGCAAAUCAAGACAGAGACUGGCCACACAUACUUGGAUCACAACAAUGGGAUUAAUCUGGAAACGAAAACCAAGCAUCGUGAACCAAAGGCCCUUUUUGGCCCGUCCACGAGCAGGCCCACCAGCUUGGAAGUGAUUGCGAGCCAUGUGGCUGCACAUCUCCAGGGUAUAAUGCUUCUCACACUACGUUUGAUAUCCAUAGAUAUAGCGAUGGAUGUUUCGGCCGAUGAUCAAAGUGCAUCCGACGGCGCCGACCAUCAGUCGUCGUUGGUCAUCUCGAGCGAGAGAUCAGUCUAUCAGAAUAUGGACAAUAUAGAGGACUUCUCACUACACAGAGAUGGCGGAAUUGACCCUGACAAUGAUCCUCCUUUAGAACAUGUCGUCCCUGAUUGUGAGCAUAUUGAUUGGCGCGUUGUUCCUCGCCGUUAUGAAGCCCCACCAGAGCCUGACCUUAAAGAUAUAACCCAUGAUGGAGACGCUUCCGGGCGGGAACUUGAAGAAUUCCUCUCCAACCACCCUACAGGAAAGCCUCGCGACAAAGAUUACUUAGGUCAGGAUCUAGAGGAAUUCAUAUCCAAUCCCCCUAUGGGAGCGCCUCGUGACCAAGAUUACCUGGGCUGGGAUCUAGAAGCAUUCAUCUCCAAUCCCCCGACACGAGGACCUUGGGACAAAGAUAACUUAGGGCAGGACCUUGAAGAAUUCAUCUCUAAACCCCCUGUGUGA